UCCGCUCCCGGCGUGCCCCGCGCCGCCAUGGCCGACCUGUUCGAUGGGAUCGUGAUGGCCGAGCAGAGGUUCCAUGGGGAGGGGUACCAGGAGGGGCUUGCAGAGGGCAGCCAUGCCGGGAUGGCUGAGGGCAGGAUGUACGGAGCAUUCCACGGAGCCAGGAUCGGCUCAGAGAUUGGUUGCUAUCUUGGAUUUGCACUGACAUGGCACUGUCUGCUCCAGAAAUGCACAGAUGAAAAAAACAGCAAAAAGAUAAAGGCUCUGGAUUCAUUAAUAGGGAUGAUUCAGAAAUUCCCAUAUGAAGACCCCACUUACGAUAAGCUGCAAGAAGAUCUGGAAAGAAUUAGAGGAAAAUUUAAACAGAGCUCUGUCAUCAACUAAGUCAAGUCAAAUAAGAAUUUGUUGUUCUGCAUGAUGUAAGAGAAUCCACUUCAGUGCCCAGUACGAGGAAUGGUUAAAUCAUCUUUUUUGAAUCAAGAUGCUGCCUGAACACAUAGCAAGUAUUUUCCUUGGUACCUGUUUCAAACAUCUCACCCUGGACGGUGGCCAGCCACACACUGGAAUUAUCUGCAUUGUUCACAAACUGACUAAAAGCAUCACACAUGCAUACCAAACUGAGCAGCCCAUUAUUUCAGUGUUUCUUAAGAGUAUUCAGCAUUUCAGGUUCUUAAAGUAUUUAACACUUCCACACUGUGUUACCUCAGCUGCAGUGAUAUAAGUGGCAAAAAUAACAUGCUCAAUACUGAGGCACUGUUCAGGUGAUCAAAAUAAUAAGCUGAGAUACUGCAUUUUUCAGCAAUUGUUUCACACAGUCUAUCAAAAGUAAAAUAUUAUUUUGCAAAUAAUUAAUUGCAAAGAAAUUGCUCAAUCCUGUCAACAAAGCCCAAUCACACAAACUCAGUUUUGCAGCAGCUGGACUGGUGUAAUUUUCUAUGAAUUUAACUUAUUAACAUGUAAAAUAAUUUAACAGCAUCUCCAAAAUUCUGCCCCUAACCACAGACUUGUCUUUAUUUGACUCAUUGUACAACUCUUGGAGACCUCACAAUAUGCUUUUUAAAGCAUCUAUUUAUUGGUCUUCCACAUUGUUACAAAACAAAGCUCAACUCUGCCCCAACUUCACACACCAUUAUGACAUGGAUCAUUGACUUUAGGUCUUCCUUGUAGGCUCCCUUCCUGGCCCAUUCAUUCAUGAAAGGUUUAUUGCUUACUAGUUACUGAUGUGCAUCUCCUGGAAGCUGCAGGGCAAAAUGAGGGGUCCUUCGAGGACCAUCUACCUUGUCAGAAAGUCGUGGGACAAGCAUUUGUUCCAAAACGGAAUUCAAUACCAGCUACUGUGCAGGUCUAGCACAUAAUAAACCAAAUUAGAUCAUUAGAACUCUUUUAAGAAGAGUUUUUUCACACCACUUGGCACAACAAAAGGCCUCAAGAAUGGUCAAAGAUAAGGUCAGAGAUACCACGAGGUCUCAGUAACUGUUUCCUGGUCUUAUUCCCCAAGUUUUGUUUUACAGGGAUUCCUGGUUUAAUUACCCCCAGCCAAAGACAGUUUCUGCCACGUCCUAAGUUGGUGCAGGGCUUCCUCCUCUCCCAAACACCAGACCUGGAUGUAUCAUUCCCAUCCAGGAACUGCAGCAGCAUCAUCAUAGAUUAUCAGUGGGCAUCAUGACAUCAUAUUGAGAACCCCCCCUCUGAUGCUUGACCUUUCCCAAGAUUUUUUGUCAGAUUAGCUCCUGUGCAGUAAGCAGGCAUUCAUUCUUAAAAACCCUUAAUGCAGAAGAUCAACCGAGAGAAAGAGUC